UUAGUCUGUCAUCUGUAUAUAAUUAUUUAGGUUUGUGUGUUUAUAACCUCUCGAGUGCCGUUGUAAUGUUUAAUUUUAUUUAUAAAUAUGUCAAUUACCAAUGCAAUCACCUCUGUUCAUGUAGAAAAACUAAAUCACAACUUAGAAGAAAUUCGAUUAAGAGCUUUAGAUAACAUUAUUGCAAAGCUUAAUCAUGGUUUUGGAUGUGAUUGCGAUAGUGUAAAGAGAGAGUUGGUGUCAAAGCUUUUUAAUUGGUUUACAUUUGAUACCAUACCUCAUCCCGAUAAAGUUUUAAAUUUAAUUCACCAAUUAAUUACUACUAAUGUUAUUAAUCCGAGCAUAUUUGGUAAGUUACGAUUUCAAAAUGAACUUGGGCAAUUACGUAAAAGACUUGACUCAGCAUGGCACGAUAAACUAUAUGAAAUCGAAGAAGCCGUUCUUCAACAUGCGUCACCUGCAUUGGAAACAAUGGGCAACAAUGAUUUACGAUCAUUAGCCGGCAAUAUCACAAACAGGAAGACUGUUACGGAGAAUAAUAUACAAAAAACAGAUUGCAACAUAAAGAAUAAUGAGUUUGUGAAUCAUGAAUAUGAUAAAAUUCAAGAUAAUUUUAUUAAUCAUUCAACUGAAUCUCUUAAUGACACAAUUCAGCUUGAUUUAACAAUACCUUCCGACACUGGUACCCCAUUAUCAAGGAAAACUGAACGAGCUAUUCGAUGGUUGGUUAUGCCUUGGCAACCUUUAGUAUCUUCAGACCGAGGAGUGUUAUCAGCAAUUGAGGAAGCAUUAAAUAACAGUGCAGACAUCGGUCUUAUAGUUCGCACUUGUGAAUUUGUUUCCAAUGUAAUGCUUCAAGAUUUUCCAGCGGAAGUAUUCCUUCAACGACCAUCCAUAGUAACGAUUCUUCAAAAUCUUCUUGAGACAUGUAUUCAAGACCCGAAAGUAGAUGCCUGCCAUUUAAUCCCAGUGAUUCUUCGUACAUUUAAUAAGCUCACUCGUUCAUUGAGAUUCAGAAUUUAUUAUUACUGCGAUCCUAGUAUUGCUAAUCGCAGACAGAAAAAUCUCAGUGGACAACUUGACUCUUCGUGUCAGUCAUUGGAGGACAGAGAGAGUUCAGAAAGUGGCUUGCCAGAAGCUAAUUACCAAGCUUAUCAAUCUGCAGCGAUGAGCGAUCAGAGUCCGAGUGUAGCUGAUAAUGUUGAUGAGUCAGUUCUUCAAUUACAACAGAUGUUAAUUCCUAAUUUCUGUAUUGAAGUAUUUACUUCUACUUUAAAACUUUUAACUAUUUAUGAUGAUUCACUAAGACCGCUCAAAGACAUAAAAAAUAUCCUAGAUUUAACUUGGGAGCUCGUACAAUUAUUAAUAUUAAGUGUAAUGCCUAACAUCUGGUUUUCUUCUGAUCAAUUGUCUUUAAAAAUUCACGAAAAUCUUAAAUUUAUUAUGAAACUUCUAGGUGAUGUAUUAGAAUACUGCAGAAGUUAUAGCACCGCUGAUCAUUGGAGAAUUACAUAUCUUAGAUUGUUGUGUAUUGUUACAAAACUUUUAAGUUCAUUAGUACCAUUAGAACUUGCUGAGUAUAUAAUACCGAGUGCCUUAAAAACUGCUUUGUGUGUUGCGGUAAUGGAUGCACCAAUUUAUCUCAUGUAUCCUGAUUUAAAUAUUAUUUUACAAGAGUAUACACGGAGAUUUCAAGGUACUGUUGAAAUCCAAUACAUAAAACUCUUUGACGAAACGAGAUUAAUUACAAAAUCAAUGAAAGCUGCUAUUUCAAUAUUGAAAUUAAAUUUUAGUCAUGAUCAUUUAACUAUCGAUACUUUAAGGACGAUGUAUUCAUCAAAGUCAUGUUUAAUUUAUCACAAAAAUUUGUCAAUUCUAAAAAAAUAUUUUUUUUUAAUGCAAAAUUUAUAUCAUAUGAAACUUGAUAAAGAAAACAAAGCGAUUGCAGUUAAACUUAUAUUAUAUUUACUGGCUAAUGAAGAUGAAGAAAUACGGGUGAAUACUUAUGAAGAGUGUCACUGGCUUGUGUCAUCAACUUUAGGAAUUGAAACUGCACGAGGAAGAUAUAAUUGGACUUCCGUAGCUUUUUUAUUUGAACCUAGUUUACUUGUAGAAAUAAUUUGUCAUGGAGUAGCUGAUGAAAAAACAAAGUCUUUAGCCGAAGAUAUUUUAUUGUACAUUUUAAAAGGAAAACUACAAAUGGGCGAUGGCUGGUUAGUAUUUUUAGAAGCUUUAAUUCAAGUACUUCCAUUACUGCAAUGUCUUGCAGAAAUGAAAUCUUCAUUAGGUCAGUGUUUAUCAAAAAUGUUAGACCCAGACAUUGCGACCAGCAUUCAAUUACCUUUCCUAGAAGUAUUAAAAGGUAAUGCAAGGUAUCUGUUUUCACGUGAUGGUGCAAUCAGAGAAGAAGCAGCUUGUCGAUUAAUUUAUUUGCUGGGUACAGAAAAAAAUUCAUCGAACAAACUUCCUCAACUAGCUUCACUGCAUGGUCUGCCCUUAGGCUCUUUAUUAAUUGUUGAUCGACAAGGAAGUUUGAAAAAAACUGAAGGAAGUUAUCAACGAAGUAGCCUUUUGUCUGUUAUAGAGAUGUUAAAAAGUCCAAAUGUUGAACCUAAAGUUCGUAAAUCAGCACUUGUACAAAUCAGCGUUAUGCUUACUGACUCAUCACUUCAUAAAUUAUUUUUAAAAGAAAACGGAUUGAAAGUUAUUUUAGAUAUUUUUGAUAAAGCAUUGAUUGAAAAAGACUAUGAUAAUUAUCCGGAUUCGGUAAUUCCUAUUUUGACAAUAUUAAAAUUAAUUUCAUCAACUCAAUGCACAGUACGCCAUGAACUUUCAACUAAUACUGACGUCUUUAUAAAUGUCAUGCGAAGUUUAUUUUUAUUUCCAAAUCAUGAAUGCGUAAAACUAGACGUAUCUUAUUUACUAUUCAUACUUUUAUACAGUGAAUUUAUGAUGCGGUUAAAUAAUAACGAUGGAUCUAAUUUAAAUUAUUCAUUGCCUUAUAUGGUAAUAGUAAAAAUGCAUUCUCCAAUUAUUAGUAAGACCCACUGGAAAUCAAGUAUUCACAGAAAAUCAGAUACAUCUCUUCUUUAUUCAAGUAAUUCACUUGCAUUGACAUUUAUUAGACAAUAUUGGGCAUGGGAAUGGAAUAAUGGAACAGAAAUACUAUGGAUACCUUGGACAAAUUUAAAUGAUUCAGGAAUACUGAGUAACUUGAUGAUAAAAGAACCUGAAUUAGCUGUGUUAAAAUACUCAUCAAUACGUUAUUAUUGUUCACAACAAUUAAUCAAUAUAAAAAAUUCUUCAGCACACGAAGAAGUAAUGUAUGCUAUUGAUUAUCUUUGGAUGUAUAUUAGACUAUGUUCAUGUCUUCAAUUUAUGCAUAUAAGAGAAUUAACGUCAUUGCCUUGGGAAUCAACUUUCGAGCGCUUUCUUUUAUCACAUCCAAUGAGUAAAGAAGACUGUGAUUUAUUUGUUGACGUACUUAACUUUCUCUACAUUCAUAUCAAUGUCACUCAUGACCCAGAGGUAAUCGGAUGGCUGUCUAAAACAUUAAAAAAUAUAACCAAAUCAUUAGCAGAUCUUCUACAGAGUCUUGAUACUCACAAUCAAGACGUUCAUCAAUCAGUAUUGAAGCUUGUGCGAUCUUGCUCGAGCCUAGAAAAACUUCAACAACCACAAGACUUAUCCUCAGACAUGUGGAAUGAUUAUAUUGAACUUGUUAUUACUAAUUUGUGUUCAAGUGACCAACAACAUUUUUACAAUCUCGUUUAUUUAGAUUGGCUGUUAACGUGCUUGACGUAUUUAACGAGUAAAUCUCAUUAUAAUUGUAGCACAGAUUUAUUAUUGUCUUCAGGUGAUGCAUUAAUUGAAUUAAUAAUAUCUUUCCACGGUAAUGGAGCAGUCAGUUUUAUGGGUUUGUCAAUAACAAGAAAUUCAAUAAUUUGUUUAAAUCAUUUACUUCAUCAUAUGCAAGCAAGUUUAUCCAAAAUAAAUUGGACUAAUUAUUGGUUUGGAGAGGGUAAAACUUUGAGUUGGCUUCCAACUCUUUGGAAAAAUCGUGACCCGUUGGUUCGUGCAUCGGCAUUACAACUUCUUGCAGGAUUAGUUAAAGCGCCACAUAUUGCUCAGCAGCUUCUUAAUGGACUUGCAAUGGCACCGAGUGAGUUGUGCCAAACACUAUUAAAAUUCAUAAUAAAUCAUGAAGAAUCCAGUAUUGUAAGAGAAUAUGCGUGUAUUAUAAUGAGCAAUUUAAUUAAAAAUAGUGCAAAUUCAUCAUUCAAGUACGUAGAUUCUCUACGAUCUAAUGUUAUUCUCAUUUAUAUUGAACAAAUGAAUGUUUACUAUGAGAUUAGUUUACUUUGUAGUAAUAUUUAUUUACCAAUGACACUCGAUUCUGAAUUAGUAGACGACGGCGAUGAUGAUUAUGAUAAUGACAAUAAUAAUAAACAUGAUAAUGAUAGUGAAGCAUCAACAAAAAUAUCAUUAUUUCCAAGGAGUGUCCUUCAAUUUUACAAUUGUCACGAUGAAUUGUUGAUGUUAUCUGUUAAAGACUCAAUCGGUGAUAAUUUUCCGCAAUUUUUAUCUACACCUUCACUCAUAACAUCCGUUUGUACAUUCCUGAAUAAUUUAAUAGACGUGGGUGAACGUGAUGUUAUUAAUAAAAUAUACGAACACUCGUUGGAUAAAUAUUUACUUGGGUGUUUUGGAUCUAUUCCAAAGAUAAAUAAAAUGAAAAAAUACAAAAGCAUUCGUCAAUGUUAUGAUAUUAUCGAAAUGUAUAUAAAUAUUUGUAUUUUAUUAACCAAUUGUGUUAAAAGUUGUAAUAAUUUUGCAACAGUUGUUAAUUUUUCACCAGAUUUUUUGUAUUUACUAUUUAAUUAUUUAGAUAAAAAUAAUUUAAAUCAAGAUAAUUCAAAGCUUGUUGACUUACAUAAUAAAUUAUCAACACAAGUUUUUAAAUUUUUAAGUAUACUCUCGCUUACAGAAAAUCAACAUGUAGAAUCGUUACGAACUGCUAUUGAAAUUGCAGCUCCAGAAAUGGUUAUAAAAUCUAUAUGUAACGCGAUAAAUCAUUCGGAUGUUGAAUUACGUAUGAGCGGAGUCGCUUGUCUUGCCUUCUUACUUUCACAAGAAAUAGCAAGAGAGGAUCAAAUAAAAUGUGGUAUUCCGUCAUUAGGAGCAGUAUUGGAUUCUACCUUUACACAUACUAUUAAUCAUCAAGCAGAUAGUAAUUUACGAGAGGUUUUAUCGGAUGUUAACAAACUCGCGUUAAAGACCUCGAGCAAACAUUCAAAAACAUUUUUCAACAGUGAUGACGGUGGAUGUACUGAUUCAAAUAAAUCCGAAAAAUGUAUUCCGAUUGGAUCAGAACUUUGUAAAAGUCUCAUACAUCUUCUAAUUGCUCAUAAUUAUGCUAAGUCUAAUACAAACACCAAAAGAGCUAGAGACAAGGAUUUAAUUAUUGCUGCAUUGUCAAACCUUCUAUGUGUUUCUGAUAAAGCUAAAAAUACUGCUUUGGAGGAUAAUUUAGCUGGAACUUGCAUAUUAAUUCUUAAAGAACUUUAUUAUGAGCUUAAUCUUCAUCCUCAUCAUGUUCAUCGAACUCAGCUGGAACGCGAUAAACGACUUCAACCACUAUUAAAUGACGUAAAUCGAGUGAUGACACUGCUAAUGAAUUUUGCACACAAUAAUGAAACUGUUAAAUGCACAUUGAGUAAAUUAGGCCUUGCCGAUAUAUUACACAAAUUGUGGGCGUGGAUUUCACUCAACGAUUCAACGCUUUUGUCGUCGUUAAAAUUAUUAGCUACAUACAUGACAAAUUGUCCGGAAGCUGGACAAUCGUUGACCCUUACAACUACUUUACCUGGUACAGGACCUAGAAAAACUCCAAAUACAGUGUCAUUAAUCCAUAUUAUUGUUCACUUAGUCUCUAAAGAAAUUGAUAAAGCUGGACAAUCUUAUAAUAAUCAACGAUUACGAUUUUCAUUUCACGUUCUCAAAAAUGCUGUCCAUGCUCACGAUUGUCGUGUUUCCAUUAGCAAAAGUAAUCUUCUUCAAUUUUUAACUAAAAUUCAUCCAUCAAGUACAAAACGAUCUAAGCCAUGGCCUUUAAUUGAAAUUUACUGUUUAGAAUUUCUUGUAGAUUUUACAUUUUUCGAAGAAGGUCAAAUUUCUGUGUCAAAAGCAGUAGAUGGUCUGGAAGUUUUAAUACAGUUAUCGAGAUGCAACACACCUGCAACGCGUAUUUUAGCUCUAUCAACAUUACGUAACUUAUUAUUCAAUUUCUCAAACAGGCCACGUAUUCUUUGUUCAGUGGACUUCAUGAACCUUCUUCAUACAGUAUUCAAAUCAGGGAGCUUAUGUGAAAUCGGAAUAGCAGGCUCGAUGUUGUGGUCUUUGAUUGCAAAUAGUCAAAAAGGAAAAUUAAUUGCAAGAAGUACUGGUCUACCUAAUAGUAUUCAAAAAGUGUUGGGUCGAUUAACUCUUAGACCAGAAGAAAAAAAUGACCAAGAUUUAGUAAGAAUGUUACAAUAUAUAAUAAGAGUCCUAAGCGCCUGGAGUGGUGCUAAUAACUGAUUAAUUAAUAUUUAUUUUAUUAACAAAGUAACUUAUGAUUAUCAAUAAUAAUAUUAAAUUUUAAUUUGCAAUCAAUUUAUUCUAAAUAUAAAAAUUAAUUUUAAAAUAUAAUCAAUAGUCAAAGUUGCUAAUUGCUUAAAAUUGAUUUUUUUAAUUCUGAUAAAAUGAUCUUGAUAAUAAUCUCCAAUAACGUACAGUUUAGAACCACCAAUAUUUAGGCUUAAAAUUUCAAAGCGUACACAGAAAAAACAAAUUUUUUGCGC